AUGGGCUCCCUAUCACACAGCUUGCAGCCUGGGGCCCCGGUCCUUAGGGGACAACAUAUUCUCCUCGUUCUCAGCAGAUCAAGUCCAGAUGCCAAGAUCCUGCCUCUGGUGGUUCCUCAGCCUCCACCCACAAUCCCAGUGCGGCACCUGAAGUUCUGGAGCUCAGAGUCUGACAGCCUCUCCCCCAUUCUGUGUCCAGCAUGGUCUGCUGCCUGGGGCUUGUGCUGCUGCUGCUGUUACCGGGUGAGUGCCCCUGUCUUCCUCUGGACCCGAACCCUGGCUUCUCUGUCCCUGCUCCUCAGUGACAAGAGGCCGGUGCUGAAGUCACAGCAGGAAUCACUCUCACCACGCAGUCCAAUCCACGGCCUGAAAGACACGGCCAUUGUAGUGCCCGUGAGUGUGGGAGGAGCCCCUGGACCCGUCUUUGGACCUGGCCCUCCAGAGCCCGCCGCUGCCCAUCCCCACGAUGGAGAGCCUAUCAAUGCCAGUCGGCCCUGCCUCUGGGCCACACUCUGUGCCUUCUCGGGGUCGGUGAGCUCGGCCGGAGGGAACCGAUGUGUAGACGCGGCCGAAGCCUGCACUGCGGACGCGCAGUGCCAGCGGCUGCGCUCGGAGUACGUGGCGCAGUGCCUGAGCCGGGCCGCGCAGGAGGGCUGUCCCCGCGCCCGCUGCCGCCGCGCCCUCCGCCGCUUCUUCGCCCGCGGGCCGCCGGCGCUCACCCACGCACUGCUCUUCUGCCCGUGCGCCGGCUCCGCAUGCGCCGAGCGCCGGCGACAGACCUUCGUGCCCUCCUGCGCCUUUUCCGGGCCCGGCCCCGCCCCGCCCUCCUGCCUUGAGUCCUUGAACUUCUGCCAGCGCAGCCGGGUCUGCAGGCCGCGCCUCCUGGCCUUUCAGGCCUCAUGCACUCCCGCGCCCAGCGCCCCCGACGGCUGCCUGCGGGACCAGCGCGCCCGCUGCCUGCGCGCCUACGCGGGCCUCGUGGGCACCGCCAUCACCCCCAACUACGUGGACAACGUGAGCGCGCGCGUGGCGCCCUGGUGCGACUGCGGAGCCAGCGGGAACAGGCGUGAGGACUGCGAAGCCUUCCGGGGGCUCUUUACAAGGAACCGCUGCUUGGAUGGUGCCAUUCAGGCCUUUGCCAGAGGGUGGCCCCCGGUCCUGCUGGACCAGCUGAAACCCCAGGGGGACCCGGAGCACAGCCUCCUGCAGGUGUCCUCUGCAGUCAGAGCCCUGGAGGGACGCUCUCUGCUCUCCAUACUUCCUGUCCUGGCUCUCCCGGCCCUGCUCUGACUAGGACAGCGACCUUGGACAGCACAGCUAGCUACCGCAUCCUGCCUGCCUGGGCUGCCUCUCUGGCCUGCUGGCCCCUUGAAAAGGGACUGCCUUACCCCCCAAGCCGGCCCUGGUGCUCUCACCCAGCUGCCCUUUGUAGGUCUGGAUACCCUGUGUGCCAUCCCCUGGGGCGAGGGAUGUAGGCUGGGGCCUGACUGCAAAGCCCCCGGUCUCCCUGUCAGGAGGCAUCUUGGUUGUAGCUCCCUUUAUCCACAGACCUUGAGACCACUGGCGUCUCUCACAAGGUUGGGUCAGGAGAGGGUCACUUUUGUAGCUGAGACCUCCCUGGAGCCCCAGAUCUCCUAGAGAAGGUCAGAGACCAUUCAAAAAUCCCAGAAUUCUAGGAAAUUAUAUCAGCCUCCCAAGCAGAUAACCCCUUAAGGAAUCCAUCGGACAAGACCCCUUCUAACACUGCAUCCUCCCAGCUGGGCAUUACCCACCAUUGUAGCCACCUGUGCACUAUGACCAUGCUGGCAGAGUCUUCCCUGUUCCCCGUAUGCUGCUGGAUGGGCCCCACCGUGUGCCCUGCCUGGCAUUGGCCCUGUGGCCAUCUUCCCCCUGGUUUCCUGCAGCUGUAGGAAUAACACGCAGUGCUUAUUAAACCUAUGUGUGCUGAGACUGAC